CAAUGUUAGUGAUUUAUGUUUUAAGGCAUCUCAAUCUCAACUGCAUUACUCAAAUGAAUAAUAACUUAUGGCCUAUAUAACAAGGCACGAAAUCCCAUAAACGAGUUCUAACGUACUACGCUAUUUCAGUCUCAUUAACAGAGAAAUAGGUUGGAUGGUGCCAAGCAAGUUGCCUUCAGCGUCAGUCUAUUCAUUCUCUUAAGUAUGUCAAGGCCCGAGCAUAUCGCACCUCCUGAAAUCUUUUACAACGAUGAAGAGGCAGGCAAAUAUAACACCAAUACUCGUAUUCAGUCUAUUCAAGCUGAAAUGACAGAGCGUGCAAUUGAAUUGCUUGAUCCUGAAGGCCCUUCCUUAUUGCUAGACAUUGGUAGUGGAUCUGGAAUUUCAUCAAGUAUAGCUGAAAGUUUCGGUCACGUUGCUGUUGGUAUGGACAUUUCUCCUUCAAUGCUUUCCGUUGCCUUGGAGUCUCAAGACGUUGAAGGCGAUAUGUUGUUGGCUGACAUGGGUAAUGGUGUCCCCUUUCGUGCGGGUACCUUUGAUGGUGUUAUAUCGAUUUCUGCUAUUCAAUGGUUAUUAAAUGCUGAUAAGACCUGUAAUGUUCCUCAGAGACGUUUGAAUCGGUUCUUCGAGACAUUAUACAGCAGCAUGAAACGCGGAGGUCGAGCGGUUAUGCAAUAUUAUCCGGAAAGCGAUCGCUCACAGCAGAUGAUCCUCGACACAGCAAAGAAGUGCGGAUUUGCUGGAGGAAUUGUCGUUGAUCAUCCUGAAUCGAAAAGGCAGAAAAAGUUCUACUUGAUUUUACAAGCCGGUGGAAUGCGGGCGUUGAAUACGAGUGAAAUGUCUGUUGAAGAUGAAAAAGUUGAUGCUAAGAAGCGCAAAUCGAAAAGGAAACAUGAAAUGAACACUCGUGAGUAUAUUGAACAUAAAAAGGACUUAAACCGUAAACGUGGCCGACUUUCCGUACCCAAAGACUCCAAAUACUCUGGACGUCGCAGAAAGGUUGCAUUUUAAUUAGGGUAUUACGGGACAUGUAUAAUAUAGGGUUAAUAAAGAAAAAAAAUAAAAUAUGGGUUUUUUGUUUUUGGUGGUCAAAACGCUUGCC